GGCGCAAACCGACAGCCGCUUCCGGGCUCGAGUGUUGGGCUUCGCCGCGGGAGAAGAAGCCCGUGGAGGGGGGCGUCCCAGAGUGGCGAUGGCUACCUACAGCCUGGCGAACGAGAGGCUCCGCGCCCUGGAGGACAUCGAACGGGAAAUCGGCGCCAUUCUCCAGAAUGCAGGCACCGUCAUCCUGGAACUGUCCAAGGAAAAAACCAACGAGCGGCUCCUGGACCGGCAGGCGGCGGCCUUCACGGCGUCGGUGCAGCACGUUGAGGCCGAGCUGUCGGCCCAGAUCCGCUACCUCACCCAGGUGGCCACAGGGCAGCCCCAUGAGGGCUCCAGCUACUCUUCGAGGAAGGACUGUCAGAUGGCCCUGAAGCGAGUGGACUACACUCGCCUCAAGCUCAGCGAUGUGGCCCGAACCUGUGAGCAGAUGCUGGAAAACUAGGCCAACCAGGUGCACGACACAAAAGUGCUGACAAGCUCAGACAGAGUGAGACACCCAGUGCGUUUCCUCAAACACUCCGUGUCCCUACCCCAGGCUUCUGCAGACUGGACCAGUGAAGACACAUUCUUCUUCAUUGAAAGAGACAAAAGAACAACUAGGGGUUUUAAUAAUAAAAACAACAGCAAUGAAAGCAAGGA